UGCAAACGAGACCUUUUCUUGCCAAGUAAGGCAGGAGCUGAAUGGGGAUGCGAAUUUCGUCGAAUUAAACAGCGGAAACGAAUGGAAGAAAUUAUUAGAUACGAAGGACAUUAAUUACGAUGCUAGAAAACCGUAUAAUUGCGGUUACUCAUCAUUACCGUGAUUAGUAAUGCAAUAAACUUUCUUUAGAAACUUUCCCAUGAUAUUGUCCUCAAGUCUUUCAGAUAUUUUACAAACUGUUACGCCCCGUAUCUCAACUCAAUAUCCCACCUUAUUGCUGCGUCAACCAGCCGAAUUAUUUUCAGUUCUAAUGUGAUAGCUCAAGGUUAACGACAAAAUUGUGACUCAAAUAAAGCAAGGAAAGGUACGUCAGAAAAACGAAGAAUGAUUGCGUUUCUCUGGAUAGCACAAGCUUUUGUGAUCGUACAUGCAUCAAGAUUCACCGAAAAUCCAGGUGCAAGAAUAACUAAAGCGUUGGGGGACAAUGUUGCUUUGCGGUGGAAGCAUACCAUUUACCGACCAAGCGAACUGGUCAGACUUGAGUGUGGAUACUUGAACGCAUCGAGACAAAUGACAAAGUUGAUGGAACAGCUUCCAUCCGAAAAUCAGCCAAGAACUACAGUGGCCGGAACGAGGUUUGAAAACAGAGCAUACAUAAAAGACAGUGCUCUUGUUUUGACGAAUUUGCGUGCAGAGGACACUGGUAUAUACUUCUGUAUCAUGAAAGUAUACGACAGCCAGCAAUUCAGAACUGUGACAGUCCGAUCCCCGGACUCCUAUCUUUCGAUUGGAGGACCAAAGAGCGACGAACGAAGUGGCAUGUCAUCUUCCACAAGAACAACCAUUAUUGCGAUCAUCGUUGUUGUUGUGGUUCUAGUUGUGGCUCUGUUUGCUUUCUUUUUCUUCAAAAGGCGAGAUCACAGCAAGAGAAGAAGAAUUCCAACCAAGUAUGACGAUUCUGAUGAUGUCAAAAAUGGAAAUGGAAAUUUCUCAAGCAAUGGAUCAUCGAAAAGUAUGAAAGAGCAAUCGGAAAAGCGUUCAUUGACAACAUCCGAUAUUGAAGUCGUAUCAAGCCCGAUGGAGGCUGUAAAGAAAGCGAAAAGUGACAGAAGCUUCUCAUCCCAUCAAGCUUACGAAACUGUCCCCGAUAGAGAAAUCAAAUUGAAAAGGCAACAAAUGGAUUCAUGGCCUGAGCCCCCAACGCCAACAAAAACCACUGCCGAGAAGAGAGACAACAUUUCUUCCAGAACACCCCCACCAUCAAGAACACCACCACGAGUUUUACCAAAGCCCCCGAUGCAAAAGGCUGUUAGUGAAGACAUGUUCGUGUGAUUUCACACACACUGCAGUGAUCGUAAGGACAGAGAGACGUCGAGGUUUUGAAGUCGUCCCUCUCACAGGUCACACGCUCUGACUAUUUUACUCGUCUCUAAUAGAAAGUGAAAAUUAGAAAUAUAUAGGGGUUUAAACUGUAAUAAAAGGAUAUUAGACUUAGAGGAAGCCUCCCAGUGAAGAUUAGCAAAAAGUAUCGGACAAAGGCCGACAUGCACUGUCUCCCCUCCGAACGCUCUUCAACAACGCCUUUGCACGAACAAAUAAUUGCGUACACUUGACGUUGGGAAUUAACUUACCAUUUUAAGAGUAGUAGCAAUUACCUUUCGUAUUCCUGAAAAUUUAUUCACUUGAAUGGGUUUAUAAAAAUUAUAAUUUUAUUGGUUUUGCUAUUUAAUUAAAGUGCUAGCCAAUCGUAACUGUGCCAGUUAAUUGGAAUGUGCUAGUGCAAUAAUUUUAUGCAAGGUGAAAAAGAAACAUAAAUUGGUCAAACCCUAGAGAAGCGUGAAGUGGCUAAUGUACUGCGAGUAACAGGGUAGCUCUGAAAAUAUCGACUUUGCAGGCGAUGUGGUAUUUCUGUAAACACAAUCUCUUCACUUAUCCUGCAUUUACUUAACAGCAACCUUAACAAGUUAUUAUACUACGUACCCAAUGGGGGAAAACCAGUUAACAUUUCCAUGGUGCAUUAUUAACUUUAAAUGGUAACAUUUCCAAGAACUUUGAAGUUCGAAAAAUGUACUAAAUUUUUUUCGCAAUUGGAAUACAAAAGCACAAUAGCAAGAAACAUGAAAACAAACCUAAUUUGAUACACAGCAAGUAUUAGCAAAGUAAGGUAGGUCACAUUUAGUUAGUCUUUAUAUUUGUUUCUGGAAUUGUAAUUUAUCACUAUCAUGUUGUCACACUUUGUUAAUACAAUUUAAUUAAAAGAAACUUUGAAUUAUUCAUAAAGAGUAUUGUAGAAAUGUCUGAAUAUAAUUAAAUUUGAAGUUAACUGCUACUUGAUACUGUUAAAUUUUUCCUUCGGAUUGUUUCUAAGUUUUCUUUGUUCUUUGAUACCUCAGUCAUCUUUGAACAAGUGAAAAGAUUCCUUCAAUUUUUGGGCUAGGAAUAGGUAAAUAAUCUACAUAUACUCGCUGAAAGGGAUUUUGAACUGGUUUCUCCUAAACGAGAAAUUUAGCAC